GGGCCGGUGCAAGGAGUGAAACAGUGAGCUGUGCUAGAGGGAGGGUCAGUGUGUGUGUGCAUGCUAACAGUGUGCCUUAUGGACAGAGGGGGCUUGAGUGACUGUUGACUAGCCGGCUAGUAGGUGGAGGAACAGUAAGAACACAGACAGAACUCCGUGCUUGUGUGAUCCAGUGUUUGUUGUGGAAUCUAUACUCUCAGACUAGGAGGUUCUGGGUGACGGUGGGUUGAAGCAGCGGGAUGUCUAAGAUGACGUUGUGGUUGGGCCUCCUCCUGGCUCUCAGUGCAGGUCGUCUGGAUGCUUGGUUCUGGAACAAGGACCCUGAUCCUACUACCCAAGCCCCAACGAAGGCUCCGCCACUGGGCAAGGCAGGAGGACAGCUCAAGAGAGGUGAGGAGAACCUGGCAGGGGUUGGGGCAGAAAUCAUCAACGUGGCUGAUGGGAUCCGUAAGUUUGUGCAGACGUGGGACGCGACCCCAGCCACUUGGACUGACAGAGGAGUGGCGAGCCCUACCACACAGAUGGAUAAUAAGGAGGAGUCUGUGUCUGGGGAAGGGUCUGGGGCUAAGGAAGGAUAUGGGUCUGGGGAAGGAUCUGGGUCUGGGUAUAAGGAAGGAUCUGGGUCUGGGGAAGGGUCUGGGGCUAAGGAAGGAUCUGGGUCUGGGGAGGGAUCUGGGUCUAAGGAAGGAUCUGGGUCUGGGUAUAAGGAAGGAUCUGGGUCUGGGGAAGGAUCUGGGUCUAAGGAAGGAUCUGGGUCUGAGAUGGUUUCAGGAUCAGGGUCUGGUUCAGCAUCUGGUGUAGGGUCUGGGUUUGGAUCGGGGGUUGAGUCUGGUGUAGGUUCAGGGACCGGCUCGGGUUCGGGGUCAGGGCUUGGAGAAAGGGAAAGCUUGGUUCUCCCCACUAACCUAACAGGGGUGGUGGAGGAUGACCUCACAGGGGUUGAGGGGGUGAAACAGGGCGAACCAAAGACCAACCUCUCUGACAUCUCUUCUCAUGACCACAAUGGAACCUGCCACCUUGUGCCCUCUGAUUGGCCAAUCUGCAUAUCAAGGGGGUCAAAGCAUUUCUCGCUUCCCAACUUCCUGAAACACACCUCUGUGGAGGAGGUUGGCGUGGCCCUGAGAGAGUGGGCAUGGCUGGCCAAGGCGGGGUGCCACCAUGGAGCCGAAUGGUUCCUCUGCCUCCUCCUCGUGCCCAGGUGCCCCCUGCCUGGCCAGGUGCUCGACACGGUUCCCCUUCUGCCCUGCUGCAGCUUCUGCCAAGUCCUGCAAGACAGCUGCUGGCCAGCCCUGGAUGACGGGCGACUUCCUGUAGAGUGUAAUUUGCUGCCCGACAGGGAUCAGGAGGCGGGGUUGCGGUGUCCGCCAUGCGUGUCAGUUAGUAACCGGAAAGCAGAGAGUGGUGUAACUCUACUGCAGCUGAUCGGAGACCUGCCUCCUGAUGAUUCCCAGGCCGGUCCGGGGGGGAAACCCGCCUACUACUUCGGAGGGCAGGACGGGCUGACUGCUGCGGGACAGCCGGCCCUGGCCCACCUCCCCAACCCCUUCUACAGAGACUUCUCCCUGGUCUUCCAAAUCCUCCCCUCUAGCCCCGGGGUCCUCUUCUCUAUCACAGACGCCUCCCAGAAGUUCAUGUACGUGGGGGUGAAGCUGAGCGCCCCGGACGCUGACGGCAGGAAUCAGAAAAUUCUAUUCUACUACACAGAGCCCGACUCUGAGGCCUCGUACCUGGCCGCUAGUUUCACCGUGCCCUCCCUGGACCUAGUCUCCUGGACCAAGUUCUCUCUGUCCGUGUUCAACGACCAGGUGACCUUCUUCAUGGGGUGCGACGCCUCUGGGAAGACGGUGAAGUUGGAGCGCUCGCCGGAUGACAUGGAGCUGGACAGCGGGGCGGGCAUCUUCGUGGGUCAGGCGGGAGGCGCGGACCCUGACAGGUUCGAGGGCGCGAUCGCUGAGCUGAACGUGGUGGGUAACCCUCGAGCAGCUGAGUUACUCUGUGAAGACGAUGAUGACUCAGACGCUGCCUCAGGUGACUUUGGCAGUGGGGAUGGGGACAGAAGAGAGACCGGCAAAACUACCACACCUCCAUCUCUCCGACCAGUGCCAGAGCCCCCUCUGACAUCAUCAGUGAGCGACAGGCUCUCAGAGACAGGUGACAGGAAUCAUCAGACCUCAGUAGAGUCCAGACCAGGAUCAGGAGGUCAACCAGGCCCUAGUGGUUCUAACGGAUUGAAGGGGGACAGAGGGGAGAAGGGCAGUCCAGGGGACAGAGGUCCCGCCGGGCCAAAGGGGGAAUCGGGGUCUUUCUCCAGCUCUGCUUCUUCCUCUGGCUCUUCAUCAGGCGGAGGAGAACGUGGAGAAAAGGGAGACAAAGGCUUGAAGGGCAGUUCUGGGUUUGGUUACCCAGGCUCCAAGGGGGACCGUGGUGUACCUGGUCCCCCUGGCCCUCCUGGCCCUGGGGGGCCAGCUGCCCAGGUUGUGAGGCUAGGGGACGGCUCUGUGGUGCAGCCAGUGGUGGGGCCAAUGGGACCGAUGGGGCCCCCAGGAGCCAAAGGACCAGCAGGACCCCAGGGACCAGAGGGAGAGGCGGGGGAUCCAGGAGAGGAUGGCAAAUUAGGACCUGCCGGAGACAGAGGGUUCCCAGGAACACAAGGAGACUCAGGGGUCAAAGGACAAAAGGGGGAUCGUGGUGAUGGUCACCCAGGACCCAGGGGUCCUCCAGGGCCACCUGGACCCCCAGGCCCAGGGAUAGCUGACCGCUCUACAUUUGUGGAUGUGGAAGGCUCAGGAGGAUUCCCAGAUUUGGAGAAAAUACAGACUCUCCGUGGUCUACCAGGCCCCCCCGGCCCUCCAGGCCCCCCUGGCCCCUCAGCCGGUGGUGUCAGCUCCCAUGGGUCAGGCUCUUUCGGGCCCCCUGGACCUCCCGGACAGGACGGGGCCCGUGGCCUACCAGGGCCCGCUGGUCCACCUGGCAGGCCUGGAACCCCAGGACCCAGUAGCGGAGAGAAGGGAGAAGCUGGUGAUCUAGGUCUUCCAGGGCCCAGUGGAGAGAGGGGUUCUCAGGGUGACCCUGGAGUGCCUGGUCAGGCAGGGCAGGGGGGCUUGGCUGGGCUUCCUGGGCCCAUGGGACCAAUUGGGCCUCCAGGACCACCCGGACCUUCCUACCCCGUGCGUUAUGGUGACGGGGAGGGUUCCGGAGUGACGGGGGUCAAUGGUGUUGCUGGAGUGAUAGGGAUUCCAGGACCACAGGGUCCGCCCGGAAUCGCUGGCCUUCCGGGAAGAUCUGGUUUGCCUGGGCUUUCGGGAGAGAAGGGGAGCGAGGGAGCAAGAGGACGGGAUGGAACACCAGGGAUGGACGGAUUCCCAGGACAAUUGGGAGACAAAGGGGAGAGGGGAGACAGAGGAGAAAGGGGUGAGCCAGGACGUGAAGGGGGGCCCCCUGGACCUCCAGGAGCCCCUGGCCCACCGGGACAGAUCUACCAGACCUCAGGCAGUUUUGAUGGAGUUCUUGGGAAUCAAGGACAGGGAGGACCAGGUCUUCCCGGCCGGGCAGGAUUCCCAGGGCCUAUGGGACCAAAGGGAGAUACAGGAGAGCCUGGACAGCCAGGAUACACAGCUAAGGGGGAGAAAGGAGAACCUGGUAUUAUCAUGGGGCCUGAUGGAAGACCCCUGUACCUGGGAGGGCUGGGGUCUCAACCGGGAGAGAAGGGACUCCCGGGACCUGAGGGACCUCCUGGUCCCUAUGGUCCAGCUGGUCUAAAGGGAGAUAUAGGCAUGCCAGGUAGACCGGGCCGUCCUGGGUUGAAUGGUGUCAAAGGAGAGAGGGGGGAUUCAGCGGGAGGGACUGGAGGAUAUGGAGGUCCUCCAGGACCACCUGGCCCACCCGGACCCCCCGGGCCAGCAGUACCUCUGGACAGGUUCAAUAGGGAUGAUGUCUCACGGUUAUAUCCUGACUCCAAAGGAGACAAAGGUGAUCGUGGAGUACCAGGAAUACCCGGGGUACCAGGUCUCACGUCCAACUUUGACAUCUACACCUUCAAGAAGGAGAUGAAGGGAGAGAGAGGAGACUCGGGGAUGAAGGGGGAGAAGGGCGAGCCAGCCGGAGGAUAUUAUGGUGGCGGUUACGGUGGACAGGGUGGUCAACCUGGACCUCCAGGACUUCCAGGGCCAAAGGGAGAGUCCAUCAUCGGUCCUUCAGGGCCCCAGGGCCCUCCAGGUAACCCAGGAAGAGGGUACGAAGGCAGGCAAGGGAACCCAGGCCCACCGGGGCCCCCCGGACCUUCAGGAUCAUCCUCCUCACCUGGAGCCUACAGGCCAACACAGACCAUCAGCAUCCCUGGACCUCCGGGCCCACCUGGAACUGAUGGUCACUCCUCUGGGGUGAUGGUGCUGAGGUCAUAUGACACGAUGACAGCCACGGCCAGACGACAGGCAGAGGGGACGCUGGUGUAUCUGGUCGACCAAACAGACUUUUACAUCAGAGUACGAGAUGGCUUCCGGCAAAUCCAGCUUGGACCAUACAUAGCUUUACCCCCUGACCAGGGUAAUGAGGUAGCAGCUGUCGACCCUCCUCCAGUGGUCUACUACCAGCCAGACCAUCCCUCUAACACGGCCACAGAGCAACCCCCCAGACAGCUAGACCCCCACCAGCCACAGCCUGAGGGACAACACCCUGUUCACCCUGACCCACGUUACCCGACUCACCCGGAUCCACGCUACCCAGCCCAGCCUGAUCCACGCUACCCAGCCCAGCCGGAUCCACGCUACCCAGCCCAGCCGGAUCCACGCUACCCAGCCCAGCCGGAUCCACGCUACCCAGCCCAGCCGGAUCCACGCUACCCAGCCCAGCCGGAUCCACGCUACCCAGCCCAGACGGAUCCACGCUACCCAGCCCAGACGGAUCCACGCUACCCCUCACAUUCAGACCCUAGAUACCCCUCACACACUGAUCCACGGUACCCCAGUUAUACAGACCACCAGCACAACCCUGACCCUGUUCAGCCAGUCCAGCCCCAGCCAGCCCCUGUCCCACAGAACCCGGUUUACACAGACACCCGCUACCCUGUAACCCCACAACGCAGACCCAGACCUCCUGAGACCCCCAGCCACCAACACACGUCAGGCCCAAGUAUUCACCUGGUCGCCCUGAACGCCCCCCAGGGGGGUAACAUGCGGGGCAUCAGAGGGGCAGACUUCCUGUGUUUCAACCAGGCUCGGGCCAUCGGGCUGAAGGGAACCUUCCGGGCUUUCCUCUCCUCCAAGCUCCAGGACCUUUACAGCAUCGUCCGCAAGUCAGACAGAGACCGCAUGCCCAUCGUCAACCUAAAGGACGAGGUCCUGUUUGACAGUUGGGAGGCCAUCUUCAGUGACUCAGAGGGCACUGUGAAGGACAACGUACCCAUCUACUCCUUCGAUGGCAAAGACAUUUUCACAGACGGCACAUGGCCAGACAAGAUGAUAUGGCACGGUUCCACCAGCAGGGGGCACGGCCAGGUGGAUAACUACUGUGAGACGUGGCGUAUAGGGGAGCGUGCGCUGACGGGCAUGGCCUCCUCUCUACAGGGGGGCCAGCUCCUCCAACAGAGAACCAGCAGCUGUCACAGCUCCUACGCCGUGCUCUGCAUCGAGAACAGCUACAUCGGACAGUUCAAGAGAUAGGACUGACCGACCAAACACACACACACUACAGCCAGAUCAAGAGAUAGGACUGACCGACCAAACGCACACACACACUACAGCCAGAUCAAGAGAUAGGACUGACCGACCAAACGCACACACACACUACAGCCAGAUCAAGAGAUAGGACUGACCGACCAAACGCACACACACACUACAGCCAGAUCAAGAGAUAGGACUGACCGACCAAACGCGCGCACACACACACUACAGCCAGAUCAAGAGAUGAGCCCAAUGAAAAACACACACAAACACAUCAGCCAAUCCAGGAGGCCUAACAAAACGUAAGUACCAGUGGAGGCUGGUGACUUUAAAAACGAGGAGGAUGGUAGACCCAGGGUAUAGGUGCGGAACGCACGGAGACAACAAAGUGUGUUUCAAAAAUCGUCAAAUACAAAUUAUUUUAACUUAAAGCAUUUAGUAAAGACAAUUUUAGUACACUAUUAUGGGGAAUGGGAAUGAGAGGGCUACUUACAGUGUUGGAAAGGGACCACAGCAGUGAUUGAAUGAGGGUAUGAGGCAUGAGUUGAGGUGUUCAGAGGCUUGACCAGUGCAGGACAGGAUUUGCCUAGAAAGACAAACAAUAACACAACACACUACACAGUUAGACAAAAGAGCUCAGAAUGAGUUAGUCUAAGCAAAGAGUAAAAUGAUUGAUGUGUAAUAAUGUGAUUGUGUAUGUGAUUGACUCUUCAUAAAUGAAUGAGAGAAAAUUGAUAGGGGGACUUAAAGAGCUUGGAGAGGAAACAUUCAGUGUGCCAGUGGAUGAGCUGCACUGGAGACAUGGCUUCAGUUCAUGUCAGGAGAUAGUUGACAAUGGUAGUGGAGUGAUCAUCACCUCUUAUUAAUCAGGGAACAGGAGGGGACUUCCUGGAAAUACAAAUAGCAGAUACAGGGAUUUCCUCUACCCAGACAAAUAGACAACUGGGCUGAGCUCCCUUUCUGCAUGUUUUCAUCAUGUAGGCCUUAUAAAACAUUUACUCACAUCUAUCAUUGCUAUUAUGUUGAUUGAUUAAUUCCAGUUAAUACGCCUAGCCAGCCCAGUUUUGAAUAUAAACUACAUUUGAUCACAUUUUCUCCUGACACACAAAUGGACUAUAAAUACUUAAUGUUACCAAUCAGUUUAUCCUGACCAGACGGACAGGGUGCAUAGGCUGUUUGCAGCUUCUCUUAUUAGGAGCCUACAGUUGAUCAUACUGAAAUAUAGUCUCGUUUUCAUCCCAUACAGCAUGUCCGAUUUCUAGCGUUUAGGUGUAGCCUAGGCUGCUGCAGCAUUUAUGUCAUGAGUUUUUGCUUGUGUCUGUCCGGAGUGAUUGUGUUAUCAUCUUUGCUAAAUAAAUACCGGAGGAAAGAGGAAAGCUUACUUGAGCGCACGCGAAAAAAAUGCGCUGUGUCAACCUCUCUCUUUAAUCGAAAUGUUUAUGGAUGAUGCGAUGAAGCUAUCAAAUCAUUCUGAAUUGUUUUCGACAUCCUAGAAAAGAGUCGAAAGUUUGACAUGUUCAGCAAGUAAAGCAUCGUAACGUGCCAUUACCUCUGCAAGCUCUUUGUAGUUGCCCUUGUUGGCGGGAAUUUUCCCUCUCGUCUUGUCCUCUAUCGAUGCAGCUUUUUCCCAGAAGCUUGAAUGUGAUGUCGGCAUUUAUAUGAUCCCUGCUUUUGUUUUGCCGUUUAGCUGAACGAUCGAUGUUCUUCAGGUCACUGUACCCACCUUUUGACCAAGGCUCAGACUUUCCCUAAAGCAGGCAUGGCCAGCAAUACAGGCAGCUUGAUGAAAGGCUCCCUGUUACCAGCUUUACUUUUGAUACCAUUUGGUAUUGAACGCCCUCACCUUUUCAUCAGUUUCAUGAAGAUCUCAGGCAGAGGUCGACCCUCCCUUUUCCGUGUAAACUGCACACUUCGCGCUGGUAGGUAGCUAGCUACUGAAGUUAGCGAGGCUAACUUUUAAAAAUGUUAAAUCAAUUGCACUAACUGGACAUAAAAAAAAUAUUUCUAAAACAAUUUAUAAUAUACCUCUUCUGUCUCCUGUCAUUUAAAAAAAAAAAUGUGAUUAAAUAAAAUCCCCCAAAAUGCUCAACUAUCACUGUUCACUCUUAAUCUCUAUCCAAAUGUCACCAAGUUUCUCAACACAUAGAAUCCCCAUAAUGCUCUGUGGCACAAUCCCAAUACAACACACUAUGUUUGUUCUCUGAUCAUAAAAGCUUUGAUCUGUUGGAGGACUUCCUCCGGAAGUGGUCAUAAUUACCAUGUAUGUCUACGGAAGGGGGUGAGGCCUACAAGCCUCCUAGGUUUUGUAUUGAAGUCAGAGGAGGAUGGAAGCUAGCUGUCCUCUGGCUACACCAUAGUGCUACCCCAGACAGUGCUUUUGAAGUUACUGUAGACCAUUGCAAAACAGUGUAUUUUAAUCAAUUAUUUGGUGACAUGUGAAUAUAUUUAGAAUAGUUUUACCAUAAAGUAUAACUUGAAUGUUUCUAAUGUUUACAUUUGUAUGAAAUUUCACCGAAGUUGGUCCUCCCCUUCCUCCUCUGAGGAGCCUCCACUGGUAUACACACACACAAUGGUGCUUUGUAUAUAACAGCUACAUUCCCCUUCUCCAAUACACUCAGUCCAGCUGGUCAAAUAGGACCACAUGUCCAUAAUAUGGGGUUGAUCAAGAAGAGCGACAACCAGGCUAAGAGAUGGACCCCCCCCCAAUCCACCCCCUUUUUACACUGAUCGCAGCUGACCAAACAGCCCACCCCGACCCCCUGCACAUACGUCUAAAUCACUGUUCUGUAAACACCUCAACACUGUGGUUUUCAGUAAAGUUUGUAUUCAUUCCACUUCUCCUUUCACUGUCCACUUCAGAAAGCCAUGUUCAUUGUGGGUUAGAGGACAGACUAUCACAACGUACAUUUAUUUUUUUGUGGUCUUACCCUCAAAAGCAUAAUACAUGCACUGUAGAAAGUCUAUAGCCUUUUAACAGUUUGCCCUAGAAUCAAACCACACCUACAGAUUAAACAGGACACUAAUUCUGUUCUCUAUGAUUCCAACAAGCUAAUUGUUGCAGUAUUGUACAUUAAAUGAUUAUUAUCCAAUGUUGUAAUUUUUUAUUCACUUUACAUUUUGUUGUAAUCAGUACAUAUAACCAGUUUUUGAAGUACUAUCUAUAACAUAGUCAUAAAUGUUGGAUGGUUUUAUUUUGCUAGCGGACAUCAAAAGGGAACAGGAUAUUUAAAAUGUUUUGAUAACAAAAGGAGUAUUUAUUUUGCGAUUAACAUUUUUUAAAGUAGUUUUAACAUUCACACUUUUCAGUAAUGGACUCCAUGGAUCUAUGUAAUGACAGAGGAAGAGAUGAGUCUGGGCUAAGAAUCAUGACAUUUUGUAUCAAAAAUCUAAUUACUAUGUUUUUGUUUUGCAAUGUCCUUUUGCGUUUCAAAAUUCUCAAAAGUGCUCUUAAGUGUUUUUCAUGUCUAUGCACUGUGAUAGAAAUUAAAUAAGGCUUUUAAUCCAAAAUCCAAAGACGAAAGCAUUGCAGCUCACUGAAUGAACUGGUGUAUGACCCUGGUGGAGUUUCCUGAGGUGACAUGUACUGUGCCAUUUCUCUCAAUGUCAUCAAUGUUUAUUGCAAACAAACAAAUGCUACAUUGUUUUUCCAAA